AUGGCAGACGCCCUGGCCAUCGCAACAGCCACAACGCAAUUCACUGAACAAACCGUCAAGAUUAUUCGAUUAUGCAAGAAGAAGGUGUACGAAAAGGUGCAAGACGGGCCCGAAGAGGUGCGAGUUUGGAGGUCAGAGCUUGAACAGCUUCAGACCCUCGUGGAAGAGAUCAAACGCUCCCCGGCUCUUGACAGUUCUAUCCAUGAGACUCCGGCCCUCGGGAGUGACCUGGCCAUCAUCAAGACUAUCCAAAGCUGCACAUCCGUGAGCACCAGCCUAUGUACCAUUUUCGAUCGAUUCGAUUUCCACGACUCAGAGCCUGUCAGUCGAAAAACGUGGAUGGCCAUUGGGGGUCUCGCCAAGGAGUCAGACAUCCGAGACUUGUUUACACAACUCGAACGCUUGAAGAGCACGCUCACCCUGCAAAUCCAGAUAGUCAACUCGCACGCAAACCACCAGCAGUUGUCUCAACUGGACCAAGUGCUUGAAAAGAUUGGCCAGAGACCUACCCAGACUAGCACCGAAGAGGAGCGUUGCCUUCGGGCAUUGUUUGUCACUGAUCCGACAAGUGACCGGAACGCCAUAAUCACUGCCAAAGGCAAGAGGACCGCCGGAACUUGCGAAUGGAUCAUCUCAAUCGAAGGAUACAAAACCUGGGAAAACACAUCCGAACCGAGCCUUCUCUGGAUAUCUGGCCCUCCUGGAAAGGGGAAAACAUUCGUUUCGAUCUUUUUGACUCAGCAUCUGGAGGCCAAGGUCGUCUCGUCUGGCUGUACCCUCAUCUAUUUCUUCUGCGACAACAAAGUAUCGACAAGAAACACAGCAGUCAAUGUUCUCCGUGGCCUUAUGUACCAGCUCAUUCAACGCCAUGGAAGAUUACUGUCACUUCUGAUGGGGCAUUGGAAAGUCCAACAAAGCGGGCUGUUCUCCGAAUCUUCUUUUGAGAGCUUAUGGACCAUCUUUCAAGCAAUGAUUUCAGCCCUGAUCGGUACAUCAAUCUACUGUGUACUUGAUGCGCUUGAUGAGUGUUCCGAAGCUUCUCUGGAACCGCUGUUAUGCAAACUCAAGGAGCUAUUUAACCCGGACAAGAGGGCAGGACACAAUGUCAAACUCGUUGUUCUGAGCAGGCGACAUCCUGCAUGUCUUUCUGAGGCACUGCGAACCUUCGAUCAUGUUCAGCUAGACGAUGAGAGUCACGAUAUUGAGUUGUAUAUUCAAGACCAGGUCUCGGCCCUCAGCGCGAGAAAGGGCAUCCAAGACGCCGACUUUCUUAAACACAUUGAGACUGUUUUUCACGACCGUGCUGAAGGCACAUUCCUCUGGGUCAGCUUCAUGGUUGCAGAUCUCAAUAAGAAAUCGGCCUGGGAGAUUGAAUCUUCCUUGCAUCAGCUUCCUCGCGGUCUCGGCGCAGUAUAUGAACGAAUAUUGGAUCAAAUCAAACCUGAAGAUCAGGCAGUGGUAACCAAAUUGCUGACCUGGAUCACCCUAGCCGAGGUGCCAUUGUCGGUCUCAGAGCUUUGUGAGGCGCUUCAGAUCGAGGGCACAGAAUUCAUGAAUCAAGAAGACGUGUGCAAGAGCUACAUUGAAGCCUGCGGCCACCUACUUCAAUUCACUGAGAUGGACGAUAACAGAUACCUUGGCUUAUGUCGCAUUUGGAACGACGAGAACAUUGGAUCGCUGCCGCGAGUGACCGUUAUUGGUUUCGUUCACCAAAGUGCAAAGGACUUCAUGCUUUCAAAGUCAUCACAUCCUGGGAUGAUGAGAUGUCAUAUGGGCGGGAAUCAAGGCCACCCAUCCAUUUGCCGACGUUUGCUUCAACACCUCAUCCAGCAAGUGCCUGAUCAUGAGUUAUUGGAGGAGUACUCGCCACUCGAAUCUUAUGCUGCGUUGUGCUGGUCUGACCACAUGAGACAACUGGACAAGGCGUCAACUCUUGUGCUCAUCAGAGAAAACAAGGAGUGGUUUGUCAAGAAAUCUCGCAUCAGGGAUCAUGUGCUACGCUACAGGCGUCGGUUCGGCUCCUACCAAAUUGGAAUGCCACUUUUACAUCUUGCCUGCUAUUUGGGGCUAUACCACCUUGCAGAACAUGUUCUUGAUGGAAAAUUGAUCCUUUCUCGGCUGCAAAUACAACUGGCAGUCGGCAAAACAUUCAAGGGAUGGCUAGGGGGAAAACUGACUCCACUUCACUUGGCAACCGCCGGGGGCCAUCAACGAGUUGUGUCACUGCUCCUGGACCGCGGAGCGGAUCCGAUCAAGCCAACUGGGGGGGAGUUCUCCAAAACCCCCUUUGAAUAUGCCGUGCAGAGCGGACACAUGGGCAUCUUUCGUCAAUUGGCUAAAACGAAGAAGGGCCAAGGAAUGAUUCAAAACCAGGUGUCGCAACAGGAUGGCGGGGACCUGCUAUGUUGGGCUGUGAAAUCCGGGAACGAGGCUCUUUGCGAUGAAAUGAUUGAGAAGUACAAGUUCAACGUCAAUGCCACACUCAAAGCUUGGGGGUGGACACCACUGGCCAUUGCCAUUAAUUGGGGUAAUGUCCAUCUUGCGCAGAGGCUGAUCCAACGGCACAAGGCUUCGACAGGCAAUCACAUGAUGCUCCUCAAAGCUGCUUGCGGGGGAUUUCAAUUGCGCUCCGACACUUUCAGCUUUCUUGUUGAAGAAUUGCAAGUAAACAUCAACGCCGUGGACGACAAUGGGGACACACUCUUUCAUGCCGCGUCGCUUUAUUAUUUCGCUGGAGCCAAGUCGUUGAGAAUGUUGGAAACCCUCUUUGCGCUGGGCUACAAUUUCCGCGCCGUCAACAAUGCGAAUGAAACAACUCUUCACUCUAUAAUUUCCAGAGGUGGACUGUAUUUUAGUAGUGAGCAAUCAUCACGGGUUGUUGCAUUCCUCGUUGGAAAGGCGCGGAUUAACGUCAACGCGCAGGACCACGAGGGGCGGACUGCAUUGCAUUUGGCUGCAAAAGGGCUGUUUGAAUAUCAGUACUGCAGUGAAGACGCCAAGAACGAACUUCGGGGACUUUCCAGGGCACUUCUAGAUCAUGGAGCAGACCGAACUCUCAGGGAUAGACGUGGGAGGACGGCCCACGACUACGUCCUGGACUGCCCAUCCAAGGACCGCAAUAUUGACUUCCAUGAGGCACGAGAGGCAAUGUCAGAGACUCUCCGAGACUACUCGACGGUCCCAGUGGGCCUGAGGUAG